AUGACCACCAACCAGUCCCUUCGCGACCGCCAAGUAGCCUCAAUCCAACGUAUACUGAACCUCAAUCAACCCGCUCCCGACUCCGAUGAUUCUGCCUUGGACGGCGCUGCAUCCAAUGGCCUCAUAUCCAAGUCGACUCCUAUUCUGAAUGCCGACGGAGAGCCAAUAUGGAAAGUCCUAGUGUUCGACAAGCUGGGACAGGAUGUGAUUAGCAGCGUUUUAAGAGUGAACGACUUGCGGAGUUGGGGCGUCACGAUACAUCUAAAUAUCACCCGCCAGCGACAUGCGAUUCCCGACGUACCUGUUGUCUACCUUGUCGAGCCUACUGCAGACAAUCUCCAGCGCAUCACACAAGAUUUGCAGAACGGCCUCUACUCACCCGCAUAUGUCAACUUCCUCUCCUCCAUACCACGACCUCUACUGGAGGACUUUGCAACGCAGACAGCAGAAGCUGGUACCUCGGAAAGUAUCAGCCAGGUCUAUGAUCAAUACUUGAACUUCAUUGUCAGCGAGCCGAACCUGUUCAGUUUAGGCAUGGGCAAAGAGACGUAUUGGACUAUGAAUAGUGCACAAACGAGUGACGAGGAGAUUGACAACAAUGUGGAUCGAAUAGUCAGUGGGCUGUUCAGUGUGGCUGUGACCAUGGGAACGAUUCCGAUCAUCAGGUGUCCCAAAGGUGGCGCCGCUGAAAUGAUUGCGGCGAAGCUAGAUCGCAAGCUUAGAGACCACAUUCUCAACGCGAAGGACAACCUCUUCUCCGCGAAGUCGGCGGCAACAGGGGCGACAUCUUCCAGGCCAGUUCUCAUCAUCGUGGAUCGCAACGUUGACCUUGUCCCUAUGCUUUCGCAUUCGUGGACGUACCAAUCACUGAUUCACGACGUGCUGAACAUGCAUUUGAAUCGUAUUACGGUGGAAACGCCUGUCGAUGAGAAUGAUGCAACCAAAGGCAAUGCGAAGAAGUCCUAUGACCUGACCUCGAACGACUUCUUCUGGAACAAGAAUGCCGGGAUGCCGUUCCCACAAGUAGCGGAAGACAUUGAUGCCGAGCUCACUCGGUAUAGAGACGACGCCGCAGAGGUCACAAAGAAGACCGGUGCGGGUUCGAUCGAGGAGCUUCAAAAUCCCGAAACGAGUGCUUCUGCUCAACAUCUUAAGGCCGCCAUAACACUCCUGCCUGAGUUGCGAGAGCGGAAAGCAUUACUCGACAUGCAUAUGAACAUUGCCACGGCCCUGCUAAAGGGCAUCAAGGAUCGACAGCUCGACAACUUCUACCAGCUGGAAGAAGAUAUUAAAAAGCAGACGAAGGUGCAGAUGUUGGAGCUAUUGAAUGGCUCCGACAAAGGUAAUCAACCGCUUGACAAGCUUCGCAUAUUUAUCAUUUGGUUUCUCAGCACCGAAGUCGAGCUGUCCAGAGCAGACAUGGAGCAAUUUGAAGAAGCCCUCAAGAAGAACAACGUGGACAUUAUGCCUCUGGCUUACAUCCGCCGCGUGCGAGAGAUCACACGAAUUACGAUGAUAUCAUCAGCGCCGACACAGCAACCGCAGCAAUCAUCCGCUUCGAACGACCUCUUUCGCGGAUUCAGCUCCAUCUCUUCGAGGCUCACAGAUAGGUUCAAAGAUGCGGGUCUCGGAGCGAAUUUUGAUAACCUGAUAUCCGGAGUGAAAAACUUCUUGCCAGCAAACAAGGACCUCACCCUCACCAAGAUCACAGAAAGUCUGAUGGACCCACAGAACGCGUCGACCAGUGCUCUACAGAAGACGGAGGGAUUCUUGUACUUUGAUCCUCGCUCCGCAAAUGCUCGCGGUACUAUGCCACCAAGCGCAAAGGAUGCGCGAUCAGGCACGCAGGAAAAACGUGGCAUUGACCCGUCAUUCGGGCAACGGAGACAGGGAUUCAGCGAGGCCAUUGUGUUCACAGUAGGCGGAGGCAGCAUGGAUGAGUAUGGCAACCUGCAAGACUGGGCCAAGAGAUCCACGGGGACGAGUGGUGCAGUCAGCAGGAAGAGAGUGGUGUAUGGCUCUGACGAGCUUGUCAAUGCCACUAUCUUCCUCGACGAGCUCACCAAGCUGGGUAAAGAGAGUGUUUGA